AUGCUGGCUUCUCAACUGAAAACCGCGGCGGAAAAGCUCACUGAACAUUGUGGAAGAGAUGAUUACUACUGGACAACUGACAAUGAAAUGCAUGCCGUGCGGCGGAGGAAGAUGCUGGAAAAGUAUAGCAGUGAAAUCAAGAAACUCUAUGGACCUGAUCCACUAACAUGGAAAAUCGCAACGGCGGUCGUUCUCUUUCAGAUUUUCCUGGGCUCAUUGGCGUCCAGCAUGAGUUGGCCUGUGUUUCUGCUUACCGCUUAUGCAAUUGGUGGUACGGCGACGCACAACAGCUUCUUGGCCGUCCACGAAAUAACUCACAACUUGGCAUUUCGUAAGGCUGUGCACAACGAGUUGUUUGCCAUAUUCCUUAAUAUAAUUGUGCCCCUACCGUACGCAAUGGGAUUUAAAUCUCAUCACAGGGAUCAUCACAAUUACUUAGGGUGGGAGCGUGUUGACCCAGAUUUACCGACGGCGCUGGAAGGGAAAUUGCUUUCCAGCUACAUUGGCAAAUUUUUCUUUGUUACGUUCCAAGUUUUCUUCUACGCACUUCGUCCCACUCUUGUUAGAAAAAUGAAAAUAACGAGGAUGCAUGUACUAAAUAUUGUUGCUCAAAUUAUAUUUGAUGUUAUAUUUUACAUGUUAUUUGGACCGUGGUGUAUUAUUUACUUCUUCUUAUCACUCGUGUUGGGUACUGGUUGGCACCCAUUGGCUGGUCACUUCCUUACUGAGCAUUAUAUCUUUCAAGGUGACGGAAGUCAGGAAACCUUUUCUUAUUAUGGUCCACUGAACUGGUUAGCUUGGAAUGUCGGCCAUCACGUGGAGCAUCAUGAUUUCCCGUACGUUCCGUGGAGGCAUCUGCACAAACUUCGUGAAAUUGCCCCUGAAUUCUACGAAAACCUUGAGGUGACCCCCUCGUGGCCUCUUGCCUUAUACGAUUUCGUGUUUAAAGUUAACAUGAAUCCGUUCUCACGUACCGUGCGUAGGAAAGGGUCAUAUCUACAUCCAGAUUUGCGGUCCGCUGAGGUAAUCGGAAAGGAAGAAAAUUAA